GCAGAAGGGUAUUUAAGACCGGGAGAUGCUGCAGGGGACCAAGGACAAAAUGAGUGGAUCACUUGUCUCUGGGACCUGCUCAGGUCCGGAAGAGGUUUCUGACCUGAAGUCUCCGCUGAGUUCUAGGUUCAGGGAACCUCUCACCCACGCUCGGUUCCAGGAGCUUUACGGAGGCGCAGAAGAGCCGGAAGUACCAGCCGAGCCCCGCUUACCCUGGCUGUGCGGGUUGUGGAGGAGGCGAGCUGGCUGCUGUUCAGGGCCGGGGGCGUGGCGCGUGCUGCAGGCACGGCUGCCUCCGCUGCGCUGGCUGCCCCAUUACCGCUGGCGAGCGUGGCUGCUAGGAGAUGCAGUGGCUGGAGUGACCGUGGGCGUUGUGCACGUGCCCCAGGGCAUGGCUUUUGCCCUCCUGACCUCUGUGCCCCCCGUGUUUGGACUCUACACUUCUUUCUUUCCGGUCCUCAUCUACAGUUUGCUGGGCACUGGGAGACACCUGUCCACUGGAACCUUCGCAGUCCUCAGUCUCAUGACCGGCUCUGUUGUUGAGCGGCUGGUGCCCGAUCCCCUCGCGGGGAACCUCAGUGAAAUUGAAAGGGAGCAAUUGGAAGCUCGGAGAGUUGGGGCGGCAGCGGCUGUGGCCUUCGGGAGUGGGGCGCUGAUGCUAGCGAUGUUCGCUCUACAGCUUGGGAUCCUGUCUACCUUUUUAUCUGAGCCUGUGGUUAAGGCGCUAACCAGCGGGGCCGCGCUACACGUGCUGGUGUCCCAGCUACCAAGCCUCUUGGGUUUGUCUCUCCCACGCCAGAUCGGCUGCUUUUCUCUCUUCAAGACGCUGGCUGUGGUGCUCACCGCCCUGGCCCGGAGCAGUCCUGCAGAACUGACCAUCUCAGCGCUCAGUCUGGCGUUGCUAGUGCCGGUCAAGGAACUGAACGUGAGAUUCCGGGACAGGCUACCCACUCCGAUCCCAGGAGAAGUUGUCAUGGUGCUUCUGGCCUCUGUGCUGUGUUUUGCCUCUUCCCUGGACACAAGAUACAACGUCCAGGUAGUUGGAGUAUUGCCUGGAGGGUUCCCCCAGCCGCUCUUCCCCGCCCUGGACGAGCUGCCCAGGAUACUGGCCGACUCGCUACCCAUUGCCUUGGUUACUUUUGCCGUGUCCACCUCCCUGGCCUCCAUCUAUGCAGACAAGUACAGCUACACAAUUGACCCCAACCAGGAGCUCUUCGCCCAUGGUGUCUCCAACCUCAUCUCUUCUCUCUUCUCUUGCUUUCCCAACUCGGCCACACUGGCUACAACCAGCUUAUUAGUGGAUGCUGGUGGGAACACACAGCUGGCCGGCCUCUUCUCCUGCGUAGUUGUCCUGGCAGUGCUGUUGUGGCUGGGGCCCUUCUUCUACUAUCUGCCCAAGGCUGUCCUGGCUUGCAUCAAUAUCUCCAGCAUGCGCCAGAUGUUCUUCCAGAUGCAGGAGCUGCCACAGCUAUGGCGCAUCAGCCGCGUGGACUUUGCUGUGUGGAUGGUCACAUGGGUGGCAGUGGUGACCCUGAAUGUGGACCUGGGCCUGGCUGUGGGCGUGGUCGUCUCUAUGAUGACAGUGGUCUGCCGCACUCAGAGGGUGCAGUGCCUGGCACUUGGAUUGGCUGAGGGGACCGAGCUCUACAGGCCACUGAGAGAGAGCCAUAAGCUCCUCCAGGUUCCGGGUCUCUGCAUCCUGAGCUAUCCAACACCACUCUACUUCGCAACCCGUGGGCAGUUCCGCCACAUCUUGGAGUGGCGUCUGGGGCUUGGAGAAAGAGGCAAGCAGGCUCCAAAGCUGGGUAGUCUACCUGACAAAGGUGCUGAGCCCAUCAGAGUGGUGGUCCUGGACUUCAGCGGCAUCAGCUUUGCGGAUGCUGCAGGGGCCAGGGAAGUGGUACAGCUCACCAGGCGAUGCCAGGAUGCUGGGAUCUGUCUCCUCUUGGCUCAGUGCAAUGCUUUGGUGCUGGAGACCUUGACCCGGGCAGGACUCCUGGAGAGAAUGACCCCAGAACAACUCUUUGUGAGUGUCCAGGAUGCAGCCGCACAUGCGCUGGAGAGACUGGUGAGGCAGGAGCCAGGAGGUGCUGGGCUGGGGAGGGAUGUGGAGAAGGGAUGGAGGAAGCUCAAGAGGGAAGCAGGGAGAAUCUGACUUGCAUUGAAGGGGGGGCGUACCCUUAAUCCUCCAGCACACAGAGGCAGGAUGAUUUCUAUGAGUUUGGGGCUAGCCUGCUCUACACAGGGAGUUCUAGAACAGCCAGGGAUACAUAGAAAGAAUUUGUCUUGAAAAACAAACAAACAAACAAACAAGUUAGGGAGUGUGGGCACCCUUCACCAAUGGUGAAGACUAAGGUCUCCAAAGGGCUGAGAUGCUUCCAGCGCACUGAGUCUCAGAGAUGGACGGCUGUAACAAAUAUUUCUCAACUGUCUCUUUUCUUCCCCUAGAAGCCCACUGGCCCAAAGAUUUGUACAGUGUGGGUCUAACCAAGGUCACUUGGAGUAUGAGAGGUCCCAACAGUCUGUGUGUGGAAGGCCACGGCCCCUGAGCCCCCACCCCAAUACAACCAAUAAAAUGAAGCCAAGAGUGUCUGCAGCCCAUCAAGUGUCUGCCUUUGCAACUCUCCAGUCCCCCUCCCAAGCCCACCCCACACCCAAAGUACUGCAGACACAAGGAAAAUGGUGUUCACCAUGUGUUCUCCAGCUCCACACAACGGUCACAGUGCUCCCUGUGGGGGAUCAGCUGCUGUGUUGUCUAAGGUGUACACGGGACGUCAGGCAGAGGAGGAAGUUUCGAGGUUUUUUUUUUUUUAAGCUCAGGUGCAGGUGCAGACUCCGGUAACACAGCCCCCCCCCCCUCACCGCAACUGUUCCAGCAUUCACCGGGAGGGGGGAGGGGAGUGGGGAGUGGGUGCUGCAGAGUGGCAGCUUGGCGCGCCCGGCCAGAGCUGCACCGGGUCCUUCCCAGGCCUCGCCAGGAGGCGGCGC